UUCGUCUGUCUCCUUCUCUCUAUCUGUCUCUCUCUAUUUAUACGCUUCACAGUUUCAAUCGAGUUGACAACUCCAUUCCGUUAAACCCAUUUCUUCUUUUGAUUUAUGGAGCUUCAUUUAGGUCUUUCCCUCUCUACCCAAAAUCCUAUUGAUGCCUGUUCAUUAGAGAUUAGUAAGAAGCGUUGCUUUGAAGAUGCCUUUGUAAAGCUAAAAGACGCUUCAAAAUCUGAAGCUUUGCCUUUGCUUUUAUGGAGUGGACACCCUAAUGACGAAGAUGAUGAGAAUAAUAGAGCAAAUAAGAGAAUCUCUUGUCGCCUUAACAACAAGGGUGAAGAUGAUGAUCAUGUGGUGGGUUGGCCGCCGAUUAAAUCGUGGCGGAAGAAGGCGCUUCACCACCAACAAAGUGGCCGUAUUUUGAAAAAUAGGGUGGCUGGUGGUGGUGGUGGGAAAGAAAAUAACUCUAUUUAUGUGAAGGUGAAAAUGGAAGGAGUGGCAAUAGCAAGAAAAGUCGAUCUUAGGCUUUUCCACUCUUAUCAAACACUUACAAACUCCUUGAUUAGUAUGUUUUCCCAGUGCCAACUUGCAGAGAAAGAUAGUACUCCAAAUAACUACACAUUGACGUACCUAGACAAAGAUGGAGACUGGCUACUUGCAGCAGACGUACCAUGGCAGACUUUCACUGAGUCUGUGCAGCGUCUGGAGUUGCUGAGAAAUGGUCGUUGAAAAUUGCAAUUAUAUAU